AUCUAUAAGACAAACUUCAAUUCAUAUAUACCAAACAAACUCAUUUAAGAUAUUUUAUAACCAUGAUGGCAAUUGUACCAGAAAUACCUUCAAAACCCGUUUUAGAUAUUCAAGUAACAACCGGCGAAGAUGUGCCGGAGAUUUUUACUAGGGAAACAGGAAACGGCAGCCUAGCUGAUGACCCCUCUGCUCUCCCUUGGACGGACUGCCCAGUGAUUGAUUUCUCUCUCCUUUCGGCGUCCUCGGCCGGCGAUGAGCUGAGAAAGCUUCACUCAGCUCUUGUUUCUUGGGGCUGCUUUCAGCUCAUAAAUCAUGGAAUAAACGAUUCAUUGUUAGACAAAGUAGGUGAAGUUAGCAAAGGAUUCUUUCUACUGCCAUCCGAUGAAAGAAACAAGUAUUCCAGGACACCUAAUGACCCUCAAGGCUAUGGAAACGACACCAUUCUUUCCCAAAAUGUACCUCACAAUUGGAAUGAUCGCUUGUAUCUCCAUGUUUACCCUCAGGACCAACGGAAGCUCAACCUUUGGCCUCUAACACCUCCCGAUUUUAGGGGGAUUUUGCAUGAAUACACCAUGAGUGUUAAAGGAGUAAACGAAACAAUUGUUAAAGCAAUGGGUCGUUGCUUAGGGUUGGAAGAUAAUAGCAUCCUCGAUGAAUAUGGCGAAAAGACAGUAAUGGCAGCAAGGAUUAACUUUUAUCCGGAGUGUCCACUCCCUAAACUUGUCCGUGCCGCUAGAGCACACUCAGAUGCAUCUGCCAUUACAAUCCUUUUGCAAGACAAACAAGUUGAAGGCCUUCAAAUUCUCAAAGACGAUAAGUGGUUUAAAGUCCCCAUCUUGCCUUCUGCUCUUUUUGUUAACGUUGGGGAUCAAAUUGAGAUAAUGAGUAAUGGGAUAUUCAAGGGUGCGGUCCAUAGAGUAGUUGCAAACUCUCAAAGAGAGAGGCUAUCUAUUGCAAUGUUCUGCUCUCCUGACUCAGAAAAAGAGAUUGGGCCAAUUAAGAAAUUGGUGAAUCAAAGUCAACCAGCUUUGUACAAAUCCUUCAAAAGAUACGAGGAGAUAUUCUUCCGUUAUCACCCCAAAGGCGAAAGACCAAUAUUAACAAUGAAAAUUUAAGCAAAACAGUUUUUUUAUUUCAUUUUUUAUAUUUUUAUUUUUAUUUAUAACUUAUAUUUGUAUCAUUGUAUGUAAUGCACUUAUGCGUGCAGUAUUGGCAUGUAAGUAAUAUUUGUAACUUAAACCCACAUAAGUUGGUGGAGUUGAUGGGGAACUCACCUUGUGACUUGGAGGUUACAGGGUAGAGCCCCAUCAGCUGUAAAAUGUUUGGGAGUGACUCAAGCGAAAAUCUGCGUAGCUGGACUGAUUAACCUGUGCUAGCAUUUGGUUCAGUAGAGUCCCUUCUUCUUACCUAUUAAAAAAAGUAAUAUUUGUAAUUGUUCGUGUUUCUGUUAUCAAAUUCAAUAAAGAAUAUAA